CUUGGCCCUGGCAGAAUGGCUCCCGCAAAGAAGGGUGGCGAGAAGGGCCGCUCUGCCAUCAACGAGGUGGUGACCCGGGAGUACACCAUCAACAUCCACAAGCUCAUGCAUGGAGAGGGCUUCAAGAAGCAUGCUCCCCGGGCACUCCAAGAAAUUCGGAAGUUUGCCAUGAAAGAGAUGGGGACUCCAGAUGUGCGCAUAGAUACAAGGCUCAAUAAGGCUGUCUGGGCCAAAGGAAUAAGGAAUGUUCCGUAUCGCGUCCGAGCGCGCUUGUCCAGAAAACAUAAUGAAGAUGAGUAUUCACCAAACAAGCUCUACACAUUGGUAACUUAUGUGCCAGUGACCACAUUCAAAAAUCUACAGAUGGUCAAUGUGGAUGAGAACUAAACUGAAUGUCAAAUAAAGUUACAGAACUGCCAAAACAACAACAACAAACUCAUUCUUACCAUAAAGAUCUUAAUCCACCCAUUGCACCCACUGCUUAGUCUUUCUGGGUCUCUC